AAUUAUCUAUUUAGUUAAUAAAAAUAUUAAAUGAAUAUACAUAUAAAAUUAAUAUUACAAUAACUCUAUUUUAAUUUUACCUUACAUUAUGCGAGUAUUUGGGCUAAUAUAUAUAUAUAUAACUAAUUAAUUAAUUAAAAUUAUUGAGUCUUGUUGGCUCCACGUUCAAAUACUACAGGUUGAACGUGGGGUACACGUUGUGACCCGCUGGGACUCUACGCCAGACAAAUCUACACCGUUGGUUGAUUGAAAUUCGCGGCGUAGAUUCAUCCGGGAGUUAAGGUCCUGGUGGCCGCCAAUAGGCGCCUGUUGAAUGGUGCUAUUUGUUAAAGGCUCAACGCCGAUUUUGGAGCGAAAAUCGAUCUGAUAAACCAACGGAAGGCUUUCUCCUAAACGCUGAUCUGAUCUGAUCUCUAACAAUGAUUUUGUUUCUUCCCAUCGAUCGUGACGCGAUCCUUUGCCUCUCCGUUCGAACUCCGUCGUUUCACCGAAAUCUCGAUCAUCUGCCAUGCGAACGGCGUUCGGGAGGAAGGAAGAGUUGCGAUUGAAAAAUAAUUGGAGUGGUUGUGAUUGGAGGAGUCGAGGUGAAGAAGAUCGGAUUUGGGGGAACGAGAAGACAUGUUGCAGAGAGCUGCGAGCAAUGCAUGUACGUGGUGGUGGGCGAGCCACAUCCGGACGAAGCAAUCGAAAUGGCUCGAGCAGAGCAUGCAAGAUAUGGAAGAGAAGGUGCAGAGCAUGCUUAAGCUGAUUGAAGAGGAUGGAGACUCCUUUGCCAAAAGAGCUGAGAUGUAUUACAAGAGGAGGCCGGAGCUCAUAAGCUCGGUAGAGGAAUGUUUCAGGGUAUUCAAAGCCCUGGCAGAUCGAUACGACAUGUUGUCCAAAGAGCUGCAGAAUGCAAAUAAAACCAUUGGAAGCGUAUUUCCAGAACAGGUUCAGUUUUCAAUAGAAGAUGAGGAAGAUUAUAACCAGGCAAAAAUUCCAAGAAAACCUCAAAAUCCACUUGUGAAUGUAGCCAAAGUUCCUAAAGUUCCCAAGGCCCCGAUGGAAAAACUGAAGGGGCUGAUAAGAACACCGAGCAAGCCACACGCCGAAUCCAAAAAGCUAUCAAGGGCAAAGCACCCGAGUCAGAGCAAGUCGGGGUCGAAGUCCGGCCUGAGCAAGAACGAAGCUCUCGAGGAGAUCAAAAGGGUUCAAAAAGAAAUUCUUGCUCUGCAAACGGUGAAGGAGUUUGUGAAGAGCUCAUACGAAACUGGGAUGACAAAGUACUGGGACAUCGAGAAUAAUAUUGUCCUGAUGCAGGAGAAGGUCAGCAAGUUGCAGGAUGAGUUCGACGUGGAGGUUGUCAUCGAGGACAAUGAGGCUCGUGCGUUGAUGGCCGAGGCAGCCCUGAAAUCAUGCCAAGAAACGUUAUCCACAUUGGAGGAGAAGCAGGAAAAGUGUUCGAAAGAAGUGAGCGAAGAGUUGAAGAAGAUUGAAUCAGCAAGGGAGCUUCUUGACACCAUCAAACAUCAGUACCUAAAAGAUCAACCCGACGAAAAAAAUGACGGCUCAAAGAAGACAGGAAAUGUAUCCAAGUUCUUGGACACAGACAGGAUCCCAUUGUUUCAAGAAUCGAAAGAAAACGACGAGCCUUUGGAUUUGAGCUCGAUCGACUGUUUGACAGAAAGUGAACUGGCAGAAAAGGUCGAUGUGCUCGUCAACAAAGUAGUCGGGCUGGAAACCCCCGUGUCAUCGCAGACAGGGCUCAUCAACACAUUGCGAAAAGAGGCAGGUAGUCUUUACAUGCAGAUUAAGAAUUUAGAAAACGAAAAAGAUACAUUGGGUAGCAAUUCGUCGAAGCUGAGGGCAUUGGUGAAGGAACUCGAGGAAAAGCUAAAGAGGAUCGAGGACAUCAACGCGAACUUGGAAAUCCAGAAAAGUAAUUUCCGAACAGAUUUCACUCGAGCUCGUUCCAAUCUUGUCCACCUAUCCGAGAAGCUCGGAAAUGUGCUGCCAGACGACGAUUUCCCGGAUGUCCUAGACGACGCCAAGCCUUACAGGGACGAAAACAAGAACCAAAAAGACAUCGAAAGCAUAAGCGAUACAAAGAAAAAAGAUAAGAUGAAGAAUACAGAGGAGGAUGCAGAUGUCUCCAAGCCGCCUGUUCGAAAGGAGGAAGUUCGAGAACCGGUGAAACGAUUGGUGUCGGUUUUGAAGAAAGCGAACGAGCACGAGGGUGACGAGGGGGUCGGGAUCGAAAUGAUCGACGAGAUGGAUAAAGAUGAUCUGAACUGGGAGCAGAUCUUCUUGAGCGGAUCAGACGCAGAGAAAGCUCUGCUUCAGGAGUACACCAUGGUUCUCAAGAACUACAAGGACGUGAAGAAGAAGCUCCGGGAAUCCGAGACGAAAGAGCGCGAAAGCCAGUUUGAAUCGACGGUGCAGAUCAAAGAGCUGAAAGAAUCGGUGGCAAAGAAGGAUCAAGAAAUCCAAGCUCUUUUCCAGAAGCUGAGCCUUCUGCAAGACGACGGGAAAGGGAAGGAAGACUCCGGCGAAAGCCCGGAGAGUGAGAAGUUCUUCGACAGUAACAAAAACGAAGAAGAUAAAGAACUGGACGACGAAGCGACAGGCAGCUCUGCGGUCGAGGAGAAGUUCCGGGAAGAGUUCGACGUGAUGCUCGACGAGAACCUCGACUUCUGGCUGCGGUUUGGGACGUCGUUCAAUCAAGUCCAGAAGUUCAAGAGCGAGGUCCAGGAUCUGAAAGACGAGAUAUCGAAGCUCCGGCAGAAGAAGGCCGCGGAAGGAUUCCUAACGCCGCAGCUGAAGUCGGAGGCUCGACCGCACUACAAACACUUACGGGAGAUCGAAACCGAGCUGGCUUUAUGGCUGGAGCAGAACACGGCGCUGAAAGACGAUCUGAAGAAUCGAUACAACUCGCUCGGGAGUCUGCAGGAGGAGAUUACGAGAGUUUUGAAGGAGGGGACGAUGGAGGGGGAGGUGGUCGAGUUCAGCAGCCACCAGGCGGCGAAGCUGCAGGGGGAGAUACAGAACAUGAAGCAGGAGAAUAGUAAGGUGAGGAGGGAGAUACAGGCGGAAAUCGACGAGACGAGCUUGUUGCAGGUGGAGAUCGAGAAGACGCUGAGGGUGCUGAGCGGGGAGUUCGGGAUCACGAGCAACCAGCCGCAGCUGCAGCAGUCACUGAGCAAGGCUCGGGUGCCUCUGCGAUCAUUUAUAUUUGGGACGCGCCCGAAGAAGAACAAGCAGUCCUUCUUGUCGUUCAUGCAGGCGCAGGCUAACCGCAAGUUUCCGGUCGUUCGAGCCGGGCUGCCGAUGGCCAUCACCAACCGUUAGAGGCUGCUGCUGAAGCUUCUUCAGUACCGCAGGUUCGUUUAGAAGAUCAUUUACUCGUUAUCAUAUAUACAUAUAUAUAUAUACACACACACACACGGUUGGCUUAUAGAUUUGGCUUUGGUUUUAGAGGUAAGAAAUUGGUCGAAUUUUGUAGGACGUUUGAAGGCUUCUUCAUGCACAGAGCCAUUUAUUUUUUUCUUAAGUUCAUAUGUAUGUGAUUUUAAGUUUCUUUCAUAAGAUGACUUAUUACAAUCUAAUUA